AACUGCGCCAUGUUCUGUAAUUGGGCAGAUAAAGCAAGAAGAUGACGGACUCCGUGUUCUCAAAAAACAAAAUCUCAAAAUAAAUGUUCCAUUAUAGAAAUGUAAUGUUACAGUUUGUUAGUUGUGCUUCUAUAGCCAAUGGCGGUGGUUUAGGCUAUGGGCUAUAACGGUGAAUGGUUUAGGCUAUAGGCUCGCAUUUUUCAGAUUCUCGACACAAAAGUGUUCGUUCAACAGUUGAAUUUUUGUAACAGUUGAACAGUCUUAAAAUGAAAUGCUUUUAGUUCGGAGAAGGGAAUGGGAGGAAUUCGGGAUAUGUACAAACUAGCACUGAAGGAGAGACGGCUUAGGAAACUAAAUCAGCAGCACCGCAAGGCACUUCCUCUGCCACGUCUGAGCUAACUUGAUCCUCAGUUCAACCACGGAAGCAACGGGCAGAAGGAAGCGAGAAGGACGGAACGAUUUUAAAAUCGGUAAACAUUUGAAAUAAAAAAAACGAAUAAAUUCGUUAUCGCGUUACCUAGUUGUGUCACGAGACAGCAAGUAGGCAACUUACUACUUUACGGCGGGUCGUAUCGAAUCACUGCCCGCAAGGAUGUUAAACUUCACAGAAUUUUUUUUUGUUGAUGCUCAAAUAUCAGUUUUUUAAAGAACGAAUGGAGUGUUAACGUAUUGGUUUAAUGUAAACACAGAAGGUAACGCGUGGAUCAUGCUUAUGCUACACAAAGUUUGUUGUUUUCUGGAAUUGAUGCUCUUAUUCUACGAUUGAUUUAGCUAAAUCCCUGCAGGGGAUAAUGUCGAUUCAGUUAAACGAGUAAUGUUGAAGUUGCUAACAAUGAUGGCAUAAAAUAACCGCGUCGUUAUCCACAGAAUGAGUGCAGCUACCGAAGAAAAUUUAAAGGACCGGUGUCAUUUGUAAACAACUUAGUUGGCUAACAUUUCUCAAGUGGUAUCUGUAGUUUUCUUUCUCCUGUGAAAUGUAAACUCCACGUUCCGCGCAACACGAGCAACGAGUUAGUUGAUUAUGCCUUUCUUUUUGUAAUCAACAGGCCUAAUACGCUCUGACAGCCUGCAACAGUCGGCGUCCGCAUUUGCAUAAACACUUCGCUUUCUCAUUUCUCUCUCGCGCUGUCACUAGGCAAAGCUGCCAUGUCCGGUAGGAGCUCCUCUCUCCGCGUCUGUGUGCUGGUGCUGCUCACUUUGGUCAGGCCAGCGUUCCCUCGGGGUCCCGCAGCGUCUAGCCCCCCUCAGCAGGGCCGUGACGCGGCGGGCGACAUUAGCUGGACCCUGGGCCUGCGUCUGUACCGGGCCCUGCGUGCAGACAAGGUCCAGAACCCCCUUUUCUCCCCCUUGCUGCUGGCCAGCUCUCUGGCGGCGCUGGGCGGCAGGGCGGGGGGGUCCACAGCCCGGCAGCUCCAGGAGGCCCUUAACUCCUCCUCCUCUUCCGCGCUGCCGCUGAGCGACCAGCGGGAGGCGCUGUCCGCGGCGCUGAAGUCCGCCCGCGCCGCGAGCGAGAUUAGCUUCGACCUCCACGCCGCCUCGGCGAUCUUCACGAAGCGGGCCCCCGCCCUGGACCCCGAGUUCCUGGAGGAGGCGCGGAGCCGGUUCCUCCUGGAGCACGUGCCCCUGGGCCCCGGGGACGACCUGGAGGCCCUCCUCGCCUGGGCCAAGGCGGGCGUGGGCGGGGCCAGGGGGGCGGAGCCGGCGGGAGAGAUCAAGGCCGAACCCGGAGCGCUGAUCCUCGCCCACGCUCUGCAUUUCAGAGGUCUGUGGGACAGAGGGUUUGAGGAGAACAAACAGGACUUGCGAAAUUUUCUGGGGACCAAGUACACCAAGGUGUCCAUGAUACACAGAACAGGCGUUUUCCGGCACCACGAGGACAUGGUGAACAUGGUCCAGGUGGUAGAGCUGCCCCUGUGGAGGGGCAAGGCCAGCCUGGUGCUGCUGCUUCCCUUCCACGUGGAGCCGCUGGCCCGGCUGGACCGAAUCCUGACCCCGAAGCAGCUGGGAGAGUGGCUAAAGCAGCUGGCCGGCAUAAGCAUGGCCAUCUCCCUGCCCAGGACCACACUGACCAGCACACUCAACCUACAGAAGCAUCUGUCUGCCCUGGGACUGACGGACGCCUGGGACGGGGAGACGGCGGAUUUCUCCGGAAUGGCGGCCCAGCCUGGCGGGGCGAAGGGGAAGCUCCACCUGGGGGGGGUCCUGCACUGGGCCUCCUUGGAGCUGAGCCCCGAGGGGGGGCCCGAGGAGGAGGAGGAGGAGGAGGAGGACGAGAAGGUGGGGAGGCCGAAGCUGUUCUACGCCGACCACUCCUUCAUCGUCAUGGUGAAGGACAACGCCACAGGGGCCCUGCUGCUGAUGGGGGCUCUCGACUGGGCGGAGGGGGCCGGCCUGCACGACGAGCUCUAGACACGCUCUCCAGCGGAAGAGUAACGACGGGCGCUCAGCUCCUGCUGGUUUAGCACCUCUUGUUUGUGGUACAGUCAGGCUUUUUUUUGUAACACGUUUGUUUUUAUAUACCCAGUAUCGUUCUUCAAGUGUAACCCACCACUGCCAUGGACAUUUGGGAAUACAGAUGUCUCCAGGAGUCCGGCAAGAUGGCUGCCUCUCCAGUCACAGA